GCACCUUGCCUUUCUGCUUUCAAAACCCCACAGUUUCUCGCGUUGUUUGGACACAGCUGACCGCUGGAAGAAAUAAACCAGACUAGGCUAACAGCAGGACAGAUAGUUAGCAGCCUACGGAGCUGGGACACAGUUGGGGUUGACUCGGGGGGGAACAGCGAAGACCGGAGAGGAGUCUUUUACUGCCAGCAAUGCAAACGCUGAAUGCUGCCGAGAGUUAAUGCCGUCCCGACGGACAGGGACGGAGCCAAAUGGAAAACAGGCAGUAGAUAAAAGACAACAUCGUCUGGAGGAGGGUUAGCUGAGUUUAAUGUUAUUGUCAAUUGAAACCCACGUAUGGUCACAAUGUCCUGUACUGGCAACCUGGUUUGGGACGUUAAUAAACGUUUAAUUGGAUACAACGAGCCCAACACCAUCAGGACCAACUACUUGGGCAGAAGAGAGUUUGUCCAGAGGCUCAAACUUGAAGCAACACUCAACGUGCACGAUGGCUGCGUCAACACAAUAUCUUGGAACGACACGGGUGAAUACAUCCUUUCAGGGUCAGACGAUACCUUUCUGGUCAUCACCAGCCCAUACAGCAAGAAGGUCAAGAAGUCCAUACGUUCAGGUCAUCGGGCAAACAUCUUCAGUGCGAAGUUCAUGCCCCACACCAACGAUCAGGAAAUCGUCUCCUGCUCUGGAGACGGCAUCAUCUACUACACCCACACAGAGAAGAGCCCUGAGUUCAACAAGCAGUGUCAGUUCACCUGCCAUUACGGAACAGCAUACGAGAUUAUGACAGUACCAAACGACCCCUACACGUUCCUGUCCUGCGGUGAGGACGGCACGGUGCGGUGGUUUGACCUGCGGACGAAAACCAGCUGCACUAAGGAAGACUGCAAAGACGACAUCCUAAUAAACUGCAGAAGAGCGGCGACCUCCAUAUCCAUCUCUCCUCUCGUACCGUACUAUCUGGGCGUAGGCUGCUCUGACAGCUCGGUGCGAAUCUACGACAGACGCAUGCUGGGCACCAGAGCCACGGGUAACUACAUGGGCCGAGGGACGACGGGAAUGGUGGUUCGGUUUGUCCCCGCGCACCUGUCCAACAAGUCGUGCAGGGUGACGUCUCUCUGCUACAGCGAGGACGGGCAGGAGGUGCUGGUCAGCUACUCCUCCGAUUACAUCUAUCUGUUUGACCCCAAAGACGACCAGGCCCGUGAGCUCAAAGGCCCGUCGGAAGAGAGAAGGGAGGAGCUCAGGCAGCCCCCUGUGAAACGUCUCCGUCUGCGAGGUGACUGGUCUGACACCGGACCCCGAGCUCGUCCUGAGAGUGAAAGGGAAAGAGAUGGGGAGCAGAGCCCAAACGUGUCCCUGAUGCAGCGGAUGUCGGACAUGUUGUCCCGAUGGUUCGAGGAGGCCAGUGAAGCUCAGAGCAGCAGAGGAACCCGACCUCAGACCCGACCUAGAGGGACAGCUGUGCGUCCGGAGGGGGCGUCAAACACUCCAGCUGCCCCGACAGCGGACUCCACCCAGGAGUCCAGUGUCCCGGAGAGGCCGGAGGGGACCGACUCCCCAGACGUGCCCGCCAGCGCUGCAGCCAACAGCGCAGCCCCCCUGCCUAAAUCCGCUUCCUGUUCCUCCUCAGGGUCAUUAUCUAAAGUCACAGCUCCCCCUACGUCUAGCUCCUCCUCAGUAGAAAGCGCAGCUCCUUCCUCCUCCCCAGACUCGGAGCAGACGAGUCAGGCUGACACGACGGGGACCCCCCUGCCAACAGCUGCACCCACCUCCGAACCCGCUGUCUCAGAGUACGGUCCUCAUCGGCUGCCCAUAAGUUUAGUGUGUAGGCGUUUGCAGAGGUUGCUCCGGCUGGCCGAUCCCCCCGGACAGGGUCAGCGAGCGGCCCCCUCUGCUUCCUCCUCCUCUUCCUCUACGGCUUCUGAGAGUCAGUCGCAGAGGAGUGCUACCUCUGCCGCUGCUGCCGUGAAGCAACCCCUUUCAGAUUCCCCCUCGUCUGUGGUAAACAAACAGCUGGGAUCCAUGACUCUUGACGAACAGCAGGGAGCGGAGGCGGCCGGUUCGGCGCGGGACGAAACCGUGGCUGCGGCCUCCAGCAGCAGCCCCCCCUCCUCCACCAGCCGCUCCAGCACAGCAGAGCCGGUCCUCAGCCUGCACUACAGCUCAGAGGGCACUACCACCAGCACCAUCAAGCUGGACUUCACUGAUGAAUGGAGCAGCAGUGCUUCCAGCUCGCGGGGCAGCGGCGGCCCCAAAACCUCAGAGGUUUUGGCCGCGCCGAGCCGAGAGAGUCUGUCCACAGGAAACCCGCCGUCAGAGCAGGCUGCCCGCGGGUCCUCGGGGCAGCAGAGUUCAGCCGCCGUCUCCUCCGAGCCUCCGUGCGACGCGUCCUGCUCCUCCGCCCGCAGCGGCCCGCCCGCUCAGGGCCCGGCGGGCGGCUCCGCCGAGAGGAGUCAGCCGGAGGGUGCCGAGGACACAUCGGGGGGCUGCAGGAGAGCGGAGCCCGCCGGGGAGGAGGCGGAGGAGAGCCAGAGUCAGCCGGCACAGAGCAACCAAGACUCCGACGACAGCGACGACGACCCCAUCCUCAUCCCCUCAGCCAGGUUCCGGGGGCAGGGACAGAGAUUUAAUUCCCGAGGAUCUGCAGUAGGAGAUAGGAUGAUCAGGCGUUCAGCUGCAGCUCGUAUCCAGGAACUGUUUCGCAGGAGGAAAGAAAGAAGGGAGAUGGAGGAGAGCGAGACCCAGAAUAUCAGGAGGCCUUCGGUCAAAAUGGUCUACAAGGGCCACCGUAACUCCAGGACGAUGAUAAAGGAGUCGUGCUUCUGGGGCAACAACUUUGUGAUGAGUGGCUCCGACUGUGGUCACAUCUUCAUCUGGGACCGGCACACUGCGGAGCACCUCAUGCUGCUGGAGGCCGACAACCAUGUGGUCAACUGCCUGCAGCCGCACCCCUACGACCCCAUUCUGGCUUCUUCGGGGAUAGACUACGACAUCAAGAUUUGGUCGCCACUGGAAGAGUCGCCAUCUUUCAACAGAAUCCUGGCUGAUGAGGUCAUAACCAGAAAUGAGCUGAUGCUAGAAGAAACCAGAAACACAAUUACAGUCCCGGCCUCUUUCAUGCUUCGAAUGUUGGCCUCCCUCAAUCACAUCAGAUCAGAUCGAUUAGAGGGCGAUCGCUCUGAAGGCUCAGGCCAGGAAAACGAGGACGAGCAGUAG